AGAAAGAUCCGACCCCAAUAAAAAUGCGUUUGAAUUGACAAUUAAGCAUGCUUCUGUCAAAGCCGACGCUUGAACCAUUUUUAUGGAAGACGGCCCCCCCAAAGUCGCUUUGACGCUUUAGAGCUGCGAAGACCUUUUCAUGGAAGACGACGAGAAGGUGAAGAACGAGGCACUGCAGAUGAUCGGGCUGCACCAGAACCGUCCUCGCCUCGUCGUCUUUGAUCUCGACUAUACUCUCUGGCCCUUCUAUUGUGAGUACUGCUAUGAGGAUGACGCGCCAAAUCUGUUUCCUCAGGCCAGAGGCAUAUUAUAUGCACUCAAGGACAGUGGAAUUAAUGUGGCUAUUGCUUCUAGAACACCAACUCCUGAGAUAGCCAAAACAUUUCUUGAUAAAUUGGGCAUACAGUCCAUUUUUGUAGCCCAGGAAAUUUUUUCCAGUUGGAGUCACAAAACAGAGCAUUUCCAAAGAAUUCAUAGAAGUACUGGGGUACCUUUCACUUCAAUGCUUUUCUUUGAUGAUGAGAAUAGGAACAUCGAAGCGGUAUCAAAAAUGGGUGUAACAAGCAUAUUGGUUGAUAAUGGGGUAAACCUUAGAGCUUUGAGGCAGGGACUAUCAGAAUUUUCUCAGAAAUCAGGAUCAUCUAGCAGCAGCAAGCAGAAUUAGUUCUCCCUCAGGCGUUGAGUCAUGCAUUUUAAAGUGGAAUGAAGCCGAGUACUGCAAGGGAGAGUGUCAUAAUGUUAUCAACUCAAACCAUCAAUUGAUUUAUUGUAUCUUUAUGAUACAAAUAUUGUUUUGCUACAUUAUUCAUUCAUACCAUCAAACAUAUAUGGUUACUAUACCACAUUUUUCAAUUUCAUCUAUCAUCAACGGCCUUUUGUGGGAUACUUUUAAGCAAA